GACAGUAGUUGACAUGCAUGGCAUUUGAUUUGAUUCUUGACAGCGCAAUCGGCCUCGAAAAGAAUUUAUCACAUAAAACAAAAAAAAAUACCCGCUAUUACUGCGUAAACCCAUAAUAAAAACAUGCAGAAUCUAUCCAUAUUCAUGGAUAUCGAAAGUUCACGUUCGUACGUAGACGAGCUGUUCUCGUCGGAGGCGGGCAGCGUGGUGGAGGCGCUGGUGGCGCUGAAGAACGCCGUGAUCGGCAGCAACCGGCAGAAGAGCUCCGUGAUCCAGCAGGGGGUGGUCCCGCGCCUGCUGCAGCUCAGCACUGAUGGAACCCUCGACCCCAACAUACGGCUGGAAGCCACCAUCACUAUCGGGUCACUAGCGAAAGGCACACCAGAGAAUGUUGCGUCACUGAUAGAGCUGGGCUCGGCAACCACACUAGUAGAGAUACUGAGGACGUCCCCGGUAGACUCCAAGCUGACAGAGGCUGCUCUGUGUGCGUUGAGGAGUCUGUUCCUGCACCCACAGGCACCUAUCUCCGCAUUGCCUGCUGACCCACCACUGUUGGCACACUUGACCCAAAUAGCGCACGAAGGCACACCCACCUCCCGGGCAUCCAUCAUCCGCAUCCUGUCCAUCUGGUGCGGGGGCUCAGCACAGCAGGACGCGCUGUGCGCGGCGGGCGCGUGUGCCGCCGCCGCCGCCAUGCUGGGCCCCCGCGCGCCGCAAGCUCUGCCUGCGUUGGAUCUGUUGGCUGCUAUGUGUUUUGAGAAUGCCGCUGUCUCGCAGUGCGCUAUUAAUACUAGACACAACGACAAAUCCGUCCCAGCUCUCCUAAGCUCGCUAGCGGGUCGCUCGCAGCCGCUGCCGGUGGCGCUGGGCGCCGCGCGCGGGCUCGCCUUCCUGCACCGCGCCGGCGCACUAGACGCCUCUGAUCCCAGGGUGGUGUACGGCGCGCUGCCGUGCCUGGCGCGGCUGUGCACGCGCGACGUGCCCGAGGAGAUCCGCGCUACGGCCGCGGAGACACUCGCGUAUUUGGCAGAGGUGGACACAACCCUCCAACGCCUAGCCGCCAUCUCCAACCACCUGAUGACGUCACUAGCCGACAUCGUCACCUGCCCGUCGGCCGCCGCCAAACAAGGAGCCUUCAAGUGUUUCGCGUCUUUAGGAGCCAAUGAUGAGGAUAUUAGGAAGAAGAUCAUUGAGACGUACGGCCUGAUGCUGCAUGUGGUUAACGGGAUGAAUAAUCCGGAGCCUAUGGUGCGACUCGCAGCCGUCAGGUGUUUACACUCCCUGUCGCGGUCUGUGCAACAGUUAAGGACAACAUUUCAGGACCACUGCGUGUGGCGGCCCCUCAUGCAGCUGCUGACCGACAGCCCCGGCACGGAGCUGCUCACCGUUGGUUCCUCGACCUUAUGCAACCUGCUCUUAGAGUUCUCGCCCGCCAAGGAACCGAUGUUGGACCAAGGUGCGGUGGAGAUGCUGUGCGCGCUGACGCGGCGGCCGGAGGCGGCGCUGCGACUCAACGGCAUCUGGGCGCUCAUGAACAUGGCCUUCCAGGCCGACCAGAAAGUGAAACAACGCAUCCUAUGCUGCCUCGGCACGGAACAGAUGUUCCGUCUACUCGGAGACGCCGACACUCGCGUCAUCAUGAAGACAUUAGGACUACUGAGGAACCUGCUGUCCACCAAGAGCCACAUAGACGCCAUCAUGCAAGAUUAUGCGGACCAGGUCAUGCAGGCGGUGAUCGUGGUGCUAGAAGGCUCGUACCCCUGUGAGGUGAAGGAGCAAGCGCUCUGUAUACUCGGCAACAUCGGUGACGGCGAGCGAGCCAAGGACCUGCUCAUGGACAAUGAGGAUGUGCUGAGGAAGCUCGUGGACUAUUUGGCACACCCCGAGCGCUCCCUCCAAGAAGCAGCCCUAUUCUGCGUGAGCAACCUGGUGCGAGCGGGCGGCGCGGGCGCGGCGGCGCGGCAGGCGCGGCUGGCGGAGCUGGGCGUGCUGCGGGCGCUGCGGCUGCUGCAGCGACGCACUACUACCAACCACACCGUCAAGGCGGCCCUGGCACAAUUCAACGAGUUCACAUAAUACGGCAAGGUGCACAAGCACAAACGCUUGCGACGGAAGUAGUGUUAUGUGAUGUGUGCGACAGACAACUGUCUGACAACAAACAUUGUACCGGUGUAACAGACAGGACUGGUGUAGAUGUAACUUAGUUUAUGUGAGCGGACUGGAGUGGUUUACUUACGUGUAUAAAUUGAUUUCGAGUAAGAGCUAGAAUUUUGUGUAAAAUUUGUUAAUGCCAGUCACUUUUGUAUGUGUAACAGCUAGAAAAUUAUAAUUAUGUGUAAAUUUUGGGUUUAUUCUGGCAGUCACAUUGUAUAAAAAGUCUAAUCUAAAUGAUUUUUCACUUUGGAUGUAUAUGGCCAGCCGCUAUUUGUUGGCAUAAAUUGUACGGAUCAGACAUAAUGUUUGGCAGAUCAGCGAAGCUAUUAAGACGAGCCGCAAUGUAAAAGUCGCUCCUAUAUAUUUUAUAUGAACUAUGGCACAGUAUGACUUAUAAAUUGCACACGAGUGACUUUUGCUGUGGUGUAUUUUGAAAUAAUGUGUGCGGUACUUUAACUGAAAGCAAAGGUGGACGUAUCUGAUUUAUUGUACAACUAAAAUGUGUUUGGAGAGUUCUAACCAUCGUUCUGUAAUAAUAACUAACAUACCUUUAUCACCCGCUUUAAUAUAAAUGAUAUUAUGUGAAAAGUUUAGUCUUAUAGUAGUCACACUAAAAUUGUUAUAUAACUUCACGGCCUACCUAAGAUUGUAUGAAAGAUCGAGGCAGAAUCCUUUGAACUUAAGUUUUUUUGUUACAUUGCCUUGACAGAUAAUAAUAAUAAUACGAAUAAAACGUCACGGAAUUACACUUAUUAACUCGUAUGAUAUUGUUGAAAUAUUUCCAUGAACCGGUAGCACAGAUAAAUGCAAAAGCGUGUAUCAUUUGCACGUUUUUAUUACAUUUUUGUGCACGAAAAAAGUACCUAUGUAAAAGUACAUACUUGUACAAAAGUAUGUCUCGGAGUAACUGAUAUAAUAAUAAUUAUGUACUUAUGUUAAAAAAAUUGCACAUAUAUUACGAAUCCAUAUAACCUUUGUACGUGUCAAGAGGUCACGAAUAUGUGCAGUCACCAAACAAAGGAUUUAUGUAUCCACUAUCACAACCCAAUGUAAAAAGUUUAACAGAGGAAAGAUAAAUGUGUUCUUAAGGAUAUUUGAUCGAUACAUGAACCAUUAAAUGAGCUCUAUUAAAUGACUGAUACUCGUAUCAUCUAUUUUUCGUUAGUAUGAAUGUGUAAGGGGGUGGAUACUGAUCCCAUUAGCUGACUGUACCUUCUCAAUAUUUAACCAAAAUCUAUACUUUUUGUUUUAAUGUGUCGGGUAUUUAAAUAAAUAUUAAUUUAUUGAAAUGCCCGCCAUAUAGGCUAUAGACGUUAGCUAUAUUUGUACAUACUUAGAUAAGUAAGUUAACAACCAAUUGUUAUCUCGGCUUAAGAAGUUGUCACUAUUUAUUUGUUUUCUUAUUUUUAACAUUGUCAUGAAUACUUUAUGCCUAUUGGCUGGACCGGUAUAGGAGUCGUGAAAGCUACUCUGUGAUUGGUUGACGAAUGUUCGUACUUACACGUGAUUUGAUGGCGUUCUUCUUUGCUCCUAGACCCGGUUUCACGUGAGAAUGUGCCUCAUUACAAGUAAAAAUGUUACGUUUUUGCAUGUAUUGCAUUCUCAAGUGAAACGCUCUCUUAGUAUCAUAUUGUCAUGAUGGCACUUAGUAUGUAGUAUCAUUCAUUCGUUACAUUUUCCCAUAAAGUCUUCACAAAUUCAUUGUAAUGUUUGUAAAAAUGGUUUCAGUGAAAGUGGUGCUAGACUAAAACAAAUAUACAUAUUAGAAAUAAAAUUGAAGAUAAUUGUAGUUAAACUACAUUAAACCAUGUCUAGUGUUUUUGUAUGAAAUUGUAUACCGUUGCGUCUAGUUGGUGUUUAAAAUGGUUUUCAAAUUUGACUUUGAAAGUCUGUAAGUUUGUACUUAGAACAAUUUUGUAAUAUGUCUGUUUUUGGACUGAAUAUGUAAGUGAUUAUGCUUAAGUGGUACAUUGUUGGAUGUUUGAUGUAAAUUUUUGUGUAAAUCUAUACUGAAUCGUUCUUCCCGAAGUAAACAGUGAAAAUAUAAAGAAACAGAAUAUAAUUUUAGUCCUCCAGCCGAAAAAAAAAACUUUUUCAUAGACACUUAGGUGAUUUAGUUCUUAUCUUAUCUUUAUUGUCUCUACAAUUUGAUCACUGAUGAUUUUUAAUUACAAAACCUUCACCACGCACUUAUGAAAAAAUAAAAAAAAUCGAAACGACUAAUUCACCAUUGUAGUAAAAUUAUUUACAAAUUAAAUUUGAAUAUCAAAAUCUAUUACUCAUUGCAAAUGUAUGCA